GCACGCGCGGGGCGGAAGGGGCCGCGCCGCUCGCCGGAAGCGGCGCUGAGGAGCCACUCAUGGCGGCGCUGGGGCGAGCCCUGAGCUGCCAGACUGGAGUAACUCAAUGGAUAGCAGCAUGCAGUGGAUUAUUACGAAUAACCUCAGUCCAAGGCCAGUGUAGACGAAUGCUCUACAGUAUUUUUCAGAGACACAAGGCUGGCCAGCUCCGACUGUCUAAAUCCUGUGGUGGAUUGAUUCAAGCCAAUGGAGUCAUUAGACAGCAAAACAGAUCAUUUUACAAUACAAAUAAGCAUCUUUCUUCAAAGGAUUCCUUGCAGCCAUCUGAAGAGAAAGUGGGUACUUUCACAAGGAUAAUAGAAGCAAUGGGUUUCACAGGACCACUAAAGUAUAGCAGAUGGAAAAUUAAGGUAGCAGCUUUGCGCAUGUACACAUGCUGUGUGGAGAAAACUGACUAUGAGGAAUUUUUUAACAGGUGCAAAAUGCCUGAUACUUUGAAUUCAUGGUUUCUAGUAGCCCAGCUUCAUGUCUGGAUGUGUCUGGUACGAUUGAAGCAGGAGGGUCGCACAGGCAAAUACAUGUGUCGCUAUAUAGUUCACUGUAUGUGGGAGGAUGUUGAACAGCGUGGUAAGGUGAUGGGGGUUAAUUCUGUUGUUCUAAAGGAAGAUUUAAGAAGUAUGGUAGAAAAUUUCUAUGCAGCUCUAUUUGGAUAUGAUGAGGGAAUCUUGUCUGAUGAUCGUGUUCUGGCAGCAGCUCUUUGGAGAAACCUUUUUAACAGGAACUGUGAGGACCCUCGGCAUCUAGAGUUACUCGUAGAAUACGUGCGCAAACAGGUGCAGCACUUGGAUGCACUGAGCGGGGAGGACCUGCUGCUGACGGGCGAAGUGAGCUGGCGGCCACUCAUGGAGAGCAAUGCCCGAAGCAUCCUCAAGCCCCUUUCCCCUGUUUACAACGAUGAAGGACUCUGAGAGCGCCGGAGCUGACGUGUCUGUCAGUUUGUCAGAUCAUCUUGGGAAGCAUGCCUGAAAUUGAACUGGGCUGAGGCUGUGGGUCAGGAAGGAAAAUCUGCUGUUGGAAAGAAAAUACUUAAUUAGAUGUCCUGUCUGUGGUGCCUCAGUAGUAGCAAAUUGGACAGCCAUACUCUUUUGAAUAUUCACUUGCAAAUAAACGCUAGUUGGUUGGAGAACCUCUGUCCUUUUUACGGCACUGAGUGGUCCUUGCUGACAAAUUGAAAGACCUGCCUUCUGUCUUUAGGAAACCAGGUAUUUUACCAUGACUUAGAGUUAUCUCAAGAAGACGUUUCUAGACGUUUCUGUCCUUUGCCUCAUUUGGAGAGCUGCUACCUAGUGACACAGCAGUGUUCCUCUGCUCACUGAAUGGUUGUGAAGGCAAAUCUGAGUUUUGCAUAUUAGAUGUUAAUGUAUUUUAAAAGCUUGAUAUCAAGAUGUAAUGGUCUAUUUUUGCUGUAGUGGUGUUAAGAAUUGCUUUAAAAGAUUCUAAAGGGUUUUCUGUGAAAAUCCGUUUUAGGAACUCUCUGCUUUGUUGCACAAGGAUAGGAGGAUGCAUAGAAUAACGCACAGUCCCAAGUAAUGCUCUACGAGUCUAGCCAAUUUAAUGAGAAUAAAGUCCAAAAUGUGGCUAGGCUGUCAUUAAAGCUGCCUCAGAGUACUUGGUAUUUCAGUCUGCCUUGCUGGUAUUUCCAUAUUCUUUUUAGAGUUGUGGUUUAAGAAUUUCUUUAUGAAAAGAACAUUCCUGGUUCUGUCCAUGGCUCUUAAUGGGACAGGACUAUGCUGUCCUCCAUCCCCCAAAGCAGUGGUCCAGGGCUUUUUAACAAGACCUGUCAACCCCAGUGAAAACUUUAUAUGGCUGUGCAGGCAAAUUACGCCAACAUAGUAAUUACAGGAGCAAGAGCUCCACUGAUUAAAUCAGCAGAGGCUGAGGUGUACUACGUAGGUGGAUGGUUCGCCAGGCUAUUUCCAGGUCAGUGAAAAAACAGUUUUAAUUUCUCUCCUGUCUAAAAUCUUACUCAAUAAUAAAUGUCAGUCUGGGUAAA